AACUCAAAGACUCAAUCUUUCUUGCAAGUUCUGAGCAGUAAUGAUUGAGGCAGCAAAACCCAGUUCAGAAAUCAGAGUUCUUGGCAAGGGUUUAAGUGCUGCGACUUGACUGUACAUUCUUGGUUUCUCUUCAAAGUUGUAGGCUUUAUUGGUGUGUGGUAUAAAUGGGUUUUCAAGAUUUCUGGGUGGUCAUCUUUGUUAUUGGGUUUUGCUUCCAAGCUCAGGUUUUGAGCUCUCAGAACCUGACCUGUAAUCUCAAUGAUUUGAAUGCAUUGGAGGGUUUCAUGGGUGGUCUGCAGAGUACUAUUGGCAAUUGGGGCAGGAAUUUCUCUGAUGAUUGCUGUAAAUGGGCAGGUAUUACUUGCAACUCUUCCUCCUCUCUUGGAUUCGAUGAUUCUGUUGAUAGUUAUAGAGUCGUUGAGUUGGAUCUUUCGAGUAGGAGACUAUAUGGGAACCUUUCUGAAUCUUUGGGGAAUUUGGAACAACUUAGAGCCCUCAAUCUUUCUCACAAUUUCCUUAAAAACUCACUUCCUGUUUCACUUUUCCAAUUGCCAAACUUAGAGUACUUAGACUUGAGUUCUAAUGACUUUUCUGGCCCCAUUCCAGUUGAUUUCAAUUUAGCUUCGAUUCUGUCACUUGACAUCUCUCAAAAUUUCUUGAAUGGUUCUAUUCCACAAAGCAUUUGUGUAAAUUCUUCUCGGCUUCGGGUUCUGAAGUUGGCUGUGAACUACUUGUCUGGUAGUCUUCCAGAAAGUCUUGCCAAUUGCAGUUCCUUGGAGGCCAUCCAUCUCAGCACAAACUAUCUCUCUGGUGGUGUACCUGAAGGUAUAUAUCAGCUGCAGAAACUAACCAGAUUGACCAUUCAAGAUAACAAGCUUACCGGGACGCUGAGCAAAGUUGGUAACCUGAUUAACCUUGUUCGUUUGGAUAUCUCGAGUAAUUGGUUUUCAGGAAGAAUUCCAGAUGUUUUCCACAGCCUUCGAAGAUUACAGUAUUUUGUUGCUCAUUCCAAUAACUUGAGUGGCAAGAUACCCCCUUCCCUGUCAAGUUCUCCAACCAUCUCGUUGCUGAAUGUGAGAAACAACACAUUGGAUGGUCCAAUUGAUCUAAAUUGUUCAGCAAUGACAAGUUUGGUCUCUCUUGAUCUAGGUUCAAAUCAGUUUGAUGGGGUUAUUCCAUCUAAUCUUCCCACUUGCCGGCAUUUGAAUAAUAUAAAUCUUGCCACGAACAACUUGAGUGGCCAAAUUCCUGACAGCUUCAAGGACUUUCAUACUCUCAGUUACCUCUCACUUUCAAAUGCCAGCUAUUCUAAUCUAUCAUCUGCCCUUCAUAUCUUACAGCAGUGUCAGAAUCUAACCACUUUGAUUCUCACCAUGAACUUCUAUGAUGAAGAAUUGCCAGCUGAUCCAAACUUUCAUUUUCCAAGGUUGAAGGUAUUUAUUCUUGCAAAUUCUCGGCUCACGGGUUCGAUACCCCAAUGGUUGAGUAAGAGCAGCAGAUUGCAGUUAUUGGAUAUAUCAUGGAACUGCUUGAAGGGUACAGUUCCAGCUUGGUUUGGCAAUUUCACUAAUCUCUUCUACUUGGACAUAUCAAACAAUACUUUUACUGGGGAGAUCCCGAGAAGCUUAACUGGACUACAGAGCCUCAUUGAUGGGAAUUUUUCCUCAGUUCCGGAACCUUCCCCUGAUUUUCCUCUUUUCCGGAAAAGGAAUUUGAGUGCCAGAGAAUUGCAGUACAAUCAAGUUUGGAGCUUUCCACCAACACUGGAUCUCAGCAACAAUAAUCUUAGCGGACCAAUCUUCCCAACCUUUGGGAACCUGAAAUCGCUUCAUGUUUUAAUUCUUGGAUUCAACAGUCUAUCAGGACCAAUUCCGAGUUAUUUAUCUGAAAUGACCAACUUGGAGACUAUGGAUUUGUCUCAUAACAAGCUUUCAGGGGAAAUACCGCAUUCAUUAGUUCGUCUCAACUUUUUGUCCAAGUUUAGUGUUGCAGACAACCAGUUAGAGGGGGUGAUCCCUGCAGGAGGUCAGUUUGGGACCUUCUCAAAUUCAAGCUUUGAAGGGAAUAAUCUUUGCGGAUAUUAUGCUUCCUCUUGUCUAUCUUACUCAAAACCACUGCCACAGCCACAGCCACACAGCAGAAUAAGAGUAGAAUAUAGAGGAGUUGUCAUUGGAAUAGCUGUGGGAUUUGUAUUUGGAGUAGCUUGCUUUAUAGUAGCAGAUAGAUAUGUGUGGACUUGGCAUUUCUAA